AUGGAGGCUCCCAAAGAUGAGAAAAGGCGUAGUCAUUUCCAAAAACGCCUAGUUCUGAUCGUGUUUGGCGUAUGCUGGGGAAGUACUGCGUUUGGCUUUGCUUCUGCAAUCAUUGCCACUACACUUGGUCAACCGUCAUUCAAAAUAUAUAUGAACCUGACAACCACGAAUCCAAACACUGCGAAAAUUACAGGCGCUAUGAAUUCACUUUUCUACGCUGGCGGCUUCUUCGGUUCGGUCUUCAACGCGUGGUAUGCGGAUCGUUUCGGAAGAAAGACCUCUAUAAUGACAGCUUGUGUAAUCAUGGUAAUAGCUGCGGCUCUCUGUGCUGGAUCUGUGCAUGUUGCGAUGUUUAUAGUAUUCCGGUUCUGCACUGGCUGGAGUUGCCUCAUGCUUUUGAUCUCUGUACCUCUCUGGAUUAUUGAAGUCGUUCCUCCUGGAGGCCGCGGUGUCUUUGGCAACAUCCAUGGACUAAUGGCCGUUUUUGGAUACCUAAUCGCUUCUUACGUGGGCGUUGGAUUCUUUUACUACCAGAAUGGCUCGGGCAACCAAUGGCGUGCGCCUUUGGCCUUCGCAUGCCUCCCUCCCCUGAUUACCUUGAGUUUCAUGCCUUGGGUGCCUGAAAGCCCAAGGUGGCUGCUUGUUAAGGGUCAAUCGGAGAGAGCAUGGAAGAUUGUGGAGAGCCUGCAUCGUUCAUCCGACGACCCCGAAGGCGACUAUGCAAAGGAAGAGUUCCAGCAGAUGCAGAGACAGAUCGAGCUUGAUAGCCAGCUGGAUUCAUCCUGGAAGAUCUUAGUCACACGACCAUCGUAUCGCAAGCGCGCUUAUAUUGCUUGCUCUCUCUUGACAUUCAUCUACAGCUCUGGGACUUUAACAAUCUCCAAUUACGGGCCGACCCUCUUCGCCGAGUUGGGAUAUAAGCCAGCACAAACCCUACAAUUCCAGGCGGGUAUUAUUUUGUGCUCUAUUUCCGCGCUAACUGUCUCCCUUUUCGUCGUGGACCGUAUACCACGAAAUAUCAUCUUAGCCGUUGGUAUGAUCGCGGUUGCUGUUCCUUUAGCCGGGGAGGCAGCCAUGACAUCUCUAUACGUCGGCACCACAAACAAGUCUGGUCUUGCCGCUGGUGUAGCUUUCUUGUAUAUCUACAUCUUCCUAUAUGGCAUUUUCCUUGAUGGGCCAGGUUACUUCUACGCCAACGAGAUCUUCCCUACGCAUCUCCGCUCCAAGGGCGCCACUCUCUGCGUGGCUUCCUACAGCUUGAUCAAUAUCAUGUGGACGCAGGUUUCGCCAAUAGCUUUCCGUACCAUUCACUGGAAGUUUUAUAUGGUGUUUAUCUGCUGCUGCGUCGCAUCAUCCAUCAUCAUGUAUCUCUACUUCCCGGAUACGUUGGGCAAGCCCUUGGAGGAAGUAGCUCGUAUCUUCGGUGACGACGACUUGGUAGCUCAUUACGAACGGGCAGGAAUAGCUGGAGGGAGUAUUUCACACGGCAGCGAGCACGAGAAGGAGAAGCAAGUGACCACAGUGGAGGACACAGAAUACUCGCUGAAGAAGCAUUUGACGCCGGAGGGGUUGAGACAUAUUAAUCCUAUGGUGUAA